AACCUCAGCCAGGGCGGCUACGAGGAGCUGGAGCGCGUCGUGCUGCGCCUCAAGCCGCACAAGGCCGGCGUGCAGUGGCGCUUCGCCGGCUCCUUCUACUUCGCCAUCACCGUCAUCACCACCAUCGGCUAUGGCCACGCAGCGCCCAGCACGGAUGGCGGCAAGGUGUUCUGCAUGUUCUACGCGCUGCUGGGCAUCCCGCUCACGCUGGUCAUGUUCCAGAGCCUGGGCGAGCGCAUCAACACCUUCGUGAAGUUCCUGCUGCACCGCGCCAAGCGGGGCCUGGGCAUGCGGCGCGCCGACGUGUCCAUGGCCAACAUGGUGCUCAUCGGCUUCUUCUCGUGCAUCAGCACGCUGUGCAUCGGCGCGGCCGCCUUCUCCUACUACGAGCACUGGACCUUCUUCCAGGCCUACUACUACUGCUUCAUCACGCUCACCACCAUCGGCUUCGGCGACUACGUGGCGCUGCAGAAGGACCAGGCGCUGCAGACGCAGCCGCAGUACGUGGCCUUCAGCUUCGUCUACAUCCUCACGGGCCUCACGGUCAUCGGCGCCUUCCUCAACCUCGUGGUGCUGCGCUUCAUGACCAUGAACGCCGAGGACGAGAAGCGCGACGCCGACCCCCCCAUCUCCGACUGUGCCUGCUCGCACCAGCCAGCAGGAGCUGGGGCUCUGAGGACCCUAGAGCCCCUAUCUGCGCCCUGCAAAUUCCGAGAAAUGUGA